UGACAAUGUAUUCUUUCUUUCGUACAAUUUUAGCAUCAUGAGCAGACUCUUUCUUUUUAGCAGCUUGUUCGUAUAAACAGGAUCCAUAUGUAAUUUAUCUUACCAGCGAUGAUGUAUUGUAAUGGAGCAGUUGGAUUUGCAAGCCAAUUCCAAUAAAGUCAAUAAUCCCAAUAAAAAAAGAAAGUAGCAAAGUUUUAUUCGCAACUUAAUCUAUACUUUACAACUGCCUUAAAUAUCUUCAAUUGGGUCAGUGAGCACAGCGAAGAGCAUCUGCGAACCAGCAACAUAACCAUCCAGUUUCUUGAUAUCUUGUUUAAAAGGCGUUUCAGCACGUGAGGCAAUUAUAUGUUUAGUGAUUAUGCUUCACGUUUUCUUGCACAAUCUAGAUUUUCAUCAGCCGGUCAGCAACAAUCUGGCUUUAGACCAUCGAAUUCACAGUUAGACGUAACUGGAACUUCCCUACCAAGGUCAAUUGAUAAUGAGCAUGAUUUUUUAAGGACUAAUGAAGCCUCUUCUGCUGGAACGAGUGGAUUAAAUUCUCUCUUAAACUCGGAAUCACUAAAUUGGCAAUUGAGAGAAGAGGAGCAGUCCGAAGGUUCUGAGAUACUUACAAAUAGUGACUCAAAAGACAAACGAUUCAUGUAUAUGUCAAAUGGGGUCGUAGAGUCGUCUGUACAACCAGAAAGCGAGUUGAACUCGUCCCCUAGUGGUAAUGAUGAAUUUAUGGAACUGCCGAAUGAAAGAUACAUGAAAAUUGAAAGGAAAGUACCGGAUAAAAAAUGGGGCAUCUUGUUUGGCAGCCUUUGUCUUGUAAUGUUCACUUACAGUAUCCUUACUAUAUGGCGGACGAAUCCUGAUUCACCUCCAGAGACAUCUGCAUAUGCCACUAUACAAAAAGCAUUUCCACUAUUUCAAAAGGACGCUAUUAUUUGUGCGUUUCUUGCUAUAGCAUGGCUCAUCUUCCUUGUCGCAGUCCCCCAAUUCCUUGUUUUCCUUUUAGCCGUUGCACCUAUAUCCAUGUUCUUUUUUUCUAUUUAUUUAUUAAACGCUUCUAAAAUUCACUUGGAAAAUUCCACUCAGUCUAAUAUUAUGCGAGUGACCGGAGUAAGCCUUCUUUUAUUCACUUUAAUUUGCUCGACCUAUAUUUGGCGACAUUGGAGUAGGUUUGCAACCUCUUUUAAUAUUGUUAAACUUGCAUGCCGCGUGAUUUCAGACAUUCCCCAAAUAGUGUUGGUGUUCAUAAGCUUUUUAGUCUCCUUUUACAUAUUAAUUUUUGUAUGGGUCCGUUUGUUUGCUAGGUUGUUCCUGCGUGGUUCUUCAUUUGUAGGUUCAGUUUGGGUUUCACCUAAAAGCUCAUGGAUAUUGGCUUCCUUCUAUGCUUUCCAUUUUCUUUGGCUUUGCGUGUUUUUAAACUCACUACAGUGUGCUAUUUUAUCUUCCAUUGUUUCACAAUGGUUUUUCUAUAGAAAUACAAGAAUGACCGCAACCAAGACUAAUUUGGUUGCUCAUUUUUUUUCCGACGUCCUUUAUAAUCAUUACGGACUGUGCUCACUUUCUUCCUUAUUAAGAGUUACAACUAAAGUCCCCCUUCAUUUUCUUCCAAGAUGGUUACGGCAUACUUCACAUCUGGUGUACUACAUGUUUACUUCCGUUUCGGCUUCUUAUGUGGCUUCUCCUUUAGCACUUGCUUACGCAUCAAUUUACUCGAUUCCUUACAUGAAUGCAUCGAAAGCACUUAGUCAAAUUGAACAAUUAAAUCGAGUAAAUUUACGUCGGCGUUGCUAUUACCUUUCGAAAUAUACACUACUUGUUGCUCGUAGUGUGUUGGCUGUAGGUGUAGGUGUCACAGCGUGGAAUUUUUCUAUCCACUCAAACGGGAUUUUUUAUGGAUACCUUGUGGGAAUUCUUGGUGGAUUCUUAGCAUGGUUAAUUAUAGGGGUGAUUGAAGGAGGACUGAGUAUGCUGGUUGAUGCUUUGUUAAUAUGUUCUAUAAUUGAUAUUUCUAGCUGUCAAGGAGACCCUAAUGGUUCACACUGUUACGAAGCUUGGCAGCUUUUCGAAUCCAAUGGUUUUUAAUGAUACGGCUUUUUUAUUUCUGAUUUUCAGUUCAAUCGUGAUUCGAAUUGCUUCGUUCUCAUUGGCAAGUUUAGUUUCGUUUCUUUUGGUCCGUUAAAGUAGUACUAUGAUCAACUGUUUUCAUAAGCCCAGCUGGAGAGUAUUACUUUAACUUUUUUAAGUAAUGUAUUAUUGUAACGAUCAUCUAUAAUAGUUCACGUUCUAACCAUGCUUUAUUAUUUUUCGUUGAAUUCUGUAAGGUUACAAGUCAUUAAAAGACUAGGAUAUUCAUGACCUGUACAGCUGCAAAAUAUAAUUUGAGAAAAAAACUAUUCUAAAGUCAUUAAAAAGUAUCAGGCGGACAGUCAAACCACGUUUCGGGAAUCAUAAAAUUUUAUCACCAACUUUUAAGAUGAACAACGUCUAAGAAUGAAAUUACAGCUUUUGCUCAGCAUGAGCAGCAGCAGAUUCUUCUUGUUGUAGAAGUGGUUUAAUCUCCUGUUGUUCAACAGUUUUGCUUGCCGCAAGGGAAUCCAAAAGAUCGUGUAGAGCAAUGACAGCACGGACAAUGCUAGAAAUAUAAAUACUCAUAAGCUGAUCAUUGGAGUUAAUAUUGAAUGCACGUUGGGCUUCCGUUUGCAAAACUUGUUCAGAGGAUACGGGUCCGGAGAAAACGUUGGGUAAAAGAUUAAAAACUCCCUGAAGCUCGGCUAAGAUUGCAUGGUUAAGUGGAAGCUGACCGCCC